GGCGACGUCUGGUGCAACGGCUCCUGAUAAGCCUUCGGUUGGGGGUCGAACCGAAAAUCGACCUCCUUGGAGCGAUCCAGAUGAUGACUGGGGCAUGGAAUGACGUGAAAAAAACCACAGUCGUAAACUGCUUUCGUAAAGCUGGAUUUCUAGCGUCACCUGACGACUUCGAAAGCGACAUUACAGCAGACGACGACAUGGGGUGCCUCGAGAAUGACUUUCGCCAACUCUCGGCGUUUCCGGGUGCCAUCGCCGAUGGGGCCACUGCAAGCGAUUUCGUCGGCGCUGAUGACGACGUGCAAGCAGUUUCGGACCUCACCGAUGCUGAAAUCGUGGCCGACGUCGCUGGUGCCGAUGAGGCGGACCUCAGCAGCGAUGAUGAUGCUGACGACGCCUCGAAGAAACCCUGCGCCGCUGCAGAACUUGCGUCGGCAUUCAGCCUCAUUCGCCGCUGUUGUGGCGCAAUGGAAGGCGCAGGACUUGGCUAUCUGGAGGGCCUCAGCAAUAUUGAGGAUGGCCUCAUGAAAUUCAUGGCUGACAAAAAGAAGCAAUCCAACGUCACGGACUUUUUUCAUGCCAAAUAAAGUGCGGCUGUUUUCGUGUAUUCUUUUGAUAUUCUGCGCAAGUCGGCAAGCUCCUGCUUGGCACAGACUCUGGAAACCGCUCCGAGACUCGCCGCGUUACAAGGUAACACUUAAAUGGACAUAUUUUAUAUUUCGAAUUAUCGAUAUAUCGAACUAUUUCGCGAUCCCCUUCGAGUUCGAUAUAUCCGGGAUCGAC